CACUCAGCAUAGGCACUUCUUCAGGCAGAAUCAUUUUGAUAACCUGAUAUCAGUUUAAUCUGAUUGUCUGCUUUACCUAAAAGAAUGCAUUUUGCACUCAGUGUUCUUUUUCCUCUGCUCGUUCUUUCCUUCGGGGAAUGUGCAGUCGUCAAUGACACCCAAACCAAAAUUUCGGUGUCCAAUACAAUCAGAGUAACUAAUGGACAGACCUGGGGUGUAUGGGGAAACCCAGAGAAGUGUCCUUCAGGCACAUAUGCGACGGGCUUUAGCCUUAAGGUUCAACCUCAUCAGGGCUUUUGGGUCGAUGACACGGCUCUAAAUGGAAUUGCCCUUCACUGCUCUAAACCCAUCGGCAACAAUGGGAUUGUUGGCCCCUACACAACAAUCAGGUCUUCUGAAGGAAGCUGGGGGUCUUGGACGCAGAACGUGUGGUGCCCUAAGGGAGUCCUCACGGCUUUCCAGCUGCAAGUGGAGAGUUAUCAGUGGCUGCUAGAUGAUAGUGCUGCUGCCAACAUAAGGUUUUCAUGUACUGGGAACCAGGUGUUGGAAGGUUCGGGUAUGAACUGGGGUUACUGGGGUUCUUGGAGCACAUUUUGUGCAGGAACUGGCAUUUGUGGGAUCCAAACAAGAAUGGACCCACCUCAGGGGCUAAGUGAUGACACUGCUCUUAAUGACGUCCUUUUCUAUUGCUGCUAACUAAGCAACAGCUGACAAGACGAGAACAUGAUCAAGAGCUACAUAUAUAUUCAUAAUGAUCUCUUUAUUUCUCAUUAAAGCCAUUUUCUGAGUGCAUUAUAGUCACAAUGGAAUUAUUAGUUAAUCAAUCUUCCACUAAUGAUAAGCAUUUACAUCCUGUUGUUCUAUUAUCCUUUGCCUGUUCUCUAAUCUAAUCACUUAAUAAAACAAAACAUUUGCAUCAACAGGUUUCUGUAAACUUUUUUUUGCUUUUUUUUUUUUUUGAAAUAUAAAAAUAUACAAAAAAUAACAUUAAAGCA